AUGCACGAUUCAAAGCAUAUCAAGUCCCACCACCGCCAGCGCCGCCGUGAUCCGCCGCUGCACCGCCGCCGCCACUGGUGCUGCUCCUUCACCGUCCCACCCCUCAGCCCCGAGAACCCAGCCGCCCUCUCAAACUCCCACGCUUCUUCCUUAUGUAACAAAAAGGCUGAGGCAAAUUCAUCUCUCUCCUCUCCUCAGAUCACCCAUCCACACCAGAAGCCCACCCCACUCGCCCGCCGGAUUCUCUCUCCCGGUCGGGUUUCCCCAAUUUCCGACCAACCCGCGACAACUCAGAGCAUCCCCCAAAAGCCAGCUCUUCCCAAAUCGCCAUUGCCCCCUGCAGCUGUUGACCCGGAAAUCAUCGCCGCGGAGGAGGACAAUUUGGGGGUUUUUGACGUGAGGUUGGCUCUGAAGGGAAAGAGUGGGAGAUCCUUGGUUCUGGAGCUCGCCUCGGAAGUUUUGACCGCAAAUAGUGUUGUUUUUGCCGAUUUGGUCGCUGAUUAUCGCAAGAGUAUCAGCGGUCUGUGCAGGAUUGAAGUGCCGGGCGUGGAAAAUUUGAGCGUGUUUCGCGAAACGAUUGAACUCAUGUUCGAGGAGGAUAUUUCAAAGAAGCUCCUCAAGAUUGGAGUGUGUAGGGCAAUUGAUAUACUUGAGGUCUCGGCAGGGAUUAAGUUUGGCAGGGGUGUUGCUUCGUGCCUAAGAUACCUCGAGGCAGUACCAUGGACCGAGGAAGAAGAGGAGAAGCUGAGGGACUUGUUCAGUAAAAUAAACAUCGAAUGUGCUGAAACCACAGACAUCAUAGAUAGACUCUAUGCUAAUGUUAGUAAAAAUUCCAUCGACUCCCAACCAACUCUGACCAAGCAGCUCAUUUGGUCCAUCACCACAUGCACUGAUGACAGUACGAAAAACGAACUCAAGUCUCUCGUCAAAGGCCUUUUAUGCAAAAGCUCGAUCUACGAACAGAACCAUUCUGACCUGAACAAGGAUGACGUUUUCACCGUCUUCUACUCCUGCCUUGCCUCUCUCACAACUCUGCUCGAGAAAGCCUCCUUUACCGGCACGUGUGAAAAGGAGAAGAAAAAAACAGGAAAAGACGAAAAACCCCUGCUGGAGAGGAUCUCGACACAGGUGGACAACCUGAAUUGGCUUCUUGAGAUCCUGCUGGACCGCCAGCUGGCAGAGGACAUUGUGUCCCUUUGGGCCGAUCAAGAAAAGCUGCUCGAGUUUCACGGGAAUGCGUCCCCAAUGGUCCGAUACGAAGUCAGCAGGGUCUCGGCCACGAUUUUUGUUGCCAUGGGCAGUAGAAGAUUGCAGUGUCCUGUGGAGAUGAGAUUAAGGGUUAUUCGUAAGUGGUUUGGGCCUAUGCUGUGUGAUUUUGGGUGGCUGCAGAGGUGCAGAAAGGGGAUGGACAUGCGGGCCUUGGAGGAGGCCAUGGGCCAGGCCCUUCUUACUUUGCCGUUGAAGGAGCAAUAUGGGCUGUUCAUGGAGUGGUUUGGUUGUUUCUCGAGGCAGGGGAAUGAGUGCCCCAACCUUAGUAAGGCGUUUCAGAUUUGGUGGCGUAGGUCGUUUCUUAGGGGGUCUGAGGCUUUUGUGGUCGACAAAGUGGUGGGUUAA